UUUGUAUUUGUAUUAACUAGUAGUCCUUUUAAACACUUUUAAUGUUCAUGACACCUUGGGGAUGGUGCUCAAACCGGUUCCAUGGCAACCGAGUGGUUAUAUUCGUUUCCUUUCAAAGCUGCGGAUAUCCAUGGCUAACCAUGCGGUUAUUUGGUCUUGCAUUGUUUGCGAUGGUCGCUUGUACCAUCAUCGCAGGCCAUUAUUGCACCAUCUCCGCCUAGCGCGGCGCUAAGCUGCUUUCUUUCUUUCUUUUUUUGGCCGCGUUGUAAUAGACCAUCCACAAGGGUAUCAAUAAAUCGGAAAUAAGCAGAUCAUUCCAUGUCCGCUUCGGCUUCGGGGUCAGCUGCGGGCUCUCUUGGCUCUUGCGCUUCAUGGUACUGUAUCGCGUCGUCAAUAUAGCUUAGAACGGCAGAGAUGCUAUCCUCGUCCUGCGCAUCAAGCUUGAGGAAUGAGACCAUGCUAAAAUCAUCAAUUAGUCGGGCAACAGCCUUAUUCAAACGGUUGAAUGAGCUACCGGUCAGGACCUCAGCGGUGGAAGACGGGUCUCGGCCAGUUGACUCCUCCUCGUUGCCAGGCUCUAUCAAGUUGACAUCCACCGAAGUGAACUGCUUGAGCUCCUUUUUACCAAUGACACCCUUUAUCUGGUCCAUCUUACUGAGGAUGUUCACGUGUGGUAUCUCUAACAUGAUCAUGGCGGACAUGGCACUCAACGUUCCCGCAAAGAACUUGGGCCGGUCGACGACGAAAGAACUUUCCAGCAGGUAGGCGGCGCAGAGAGAUAUGUUAAGGGCUCCAGACCGGGACAGAUAUUGGACGAGCGACGGCAGGAGCGGGACAUGAGUAUAGAGCUCUAUCUGGCCGGGCAUAUCGAAUAUGAUCAGGUACUCUUCGCUCAGCGGGUCGAGGGCGUCGUUGAGAAAGUCGAGAUUCUGCAGCAGGAACUCAAAACAGUACAUCAGGCCGCCAUUGGGGCCCAGGCCCAUCUCCUCCAUCACAUCUUCGAGUGUGAUCAGCUCGCGGAUGUCCAGGUCGGGCUCGUAGGAGAAGCUCUCGGCGGCCGGGUCGAGGUUGACAUAAAAGCAGCUGCGCCGAGUGUUCUGGAGGUGCUGGAUGAGCGACGUACAGAAGGUCGUCUUGCCCGCGCCGGCCGGGCCCAUGACCAGGACCCCGAACUUCGACAUGCUGGUCCCGCGUAUUGCUUAUUUGCUAGGAUUGUUCGGCUAGUUUCCUCUCCUCUUCGUUCCUUUCAACUCGUGUGUGGUUCUGCGGCGCUCGCCUCGCGGCUGGGAUCGAGGCAGCGGGCUUCGGGGACCCGUCAGCCUUUCGGUGUAUCCUGUCGCCUUUUCAGCUGUGCCUUCACAAGCCCAACAGCACUCGGUCAGCCCUCAGUCCAUCCGUAUCAUGCUUGUAUAUCCGCUAUCACCGACUCUCUGUGCCCGCAGUUGCUGUAGUUGCUGUAGUUGCUGUAGUUUUGUACAAAAAUACCUAGUUUACUAGCAGGACCACCGCCUUUC